UAUUCUUACUAUCUAGCCUUCAUUUGUGUGAGAUAGGGAUGAGUCAUAGCAUAAGCUAAAAAUGCGAUUAGAUUUUUGUCCUAAUGUAUGCUUCUUGUGGCUUUGUUCUCAACCCUAACCUUUGAUAAAAAUAAAAAUAAAUUUUUUGAAAAACCUUUGAUAAUCUUGACGACAAUCAAUAAGGCUGCCUAAUCAGAAUCAGUUGGCAGCUGUUCUCUCCGGUCCAACGCACUCCUCUCUCGAAAUAAAAUAGCCUACCAAAACCCACAUAUGCACACUAAAAAAAAUCCAUCUCUAUAUGCAAAAAUAGCAUAUUAAUUGUAUAAAAAAAAAUUAAAAAAGAAAAAAAGGACGUCUCUUACUUUCAACCCGUCCCUUGCAUGCAUGGUAGGUGUAAUAACAGCACAUCAAAUCCCCUACAACCCCUCCCAUCCACAAAACAUCUACACCACCUUAUUCCCCCCUUCCCUCAAUUUUUCUCAAACCUUAUUACAUAAUUUGCCUUCUCUUUCCUACCUCCAUUGAGGAAACAUCUCUCAGGGGAAGAACCAGGUCUCCUCAAGCCCUGAUCUUCCUCUAUCAUCAUCUCUCUCUCUCUCUCUCUCUCCAAAAUCAAACAUGGCCGUUCCUAUACUUCUCCUCCUCCUCUUCUUCUCUAUCCCCUUCUCCGAAUCUAAGCUCAGCGAAGACUACUACAAGCAAACAUGUCCAGAUUUCCAGAAAAUUGUAAGAGAAACCGUGACCAUAAAGCAAGCCGGCCAACCCGUCACCGCUGCCGGCACUCUCCGCCUCUUCUUCCACGACUGCAUGGUCGAGGGAUGCGACGCUUCCGUCUUCAUCGCCUCCAACCAUGUCAACAAAGCUGAGCGAGACGCCGACAUCAACCAAUCCCUGUCAGGUGACGCCUUCGAGGUGGUCGUCCGUGCCAAGACCGCGCUCGAGCUCACCUGCCCGGGAAUUGUCUCGUGCGCAGACAUUCUCGCAGAGGCCACCCGUGACCUCGUCACAAUGGUCGGCGGGCCUUUCUACCCCGUCAAAUUAGGACGAAAAGAUGGACAGGUGUCCCUAGCGUCCAAGGUUGAUGCAAACUUGCCAAAAACAAACCAAACCAUGGAUGAGAUUAUCAAGCUAUUUGCUGACAAAGGUUUCACAAUCGAAGAAAUGGUGGCUUUGACAGGUGGACACACAAUUGGGUUUUCUCAUUGCAAGGAGUUCACCGAUAGGCUUUUCCAUUACAGCCCGACUACACCAACAGACCCAGUAAUGAACCCAAGAUUCGCCGAAGGGUUGAAGAAGACUUGUGCUAAUUACACAACUAACCCUGCCAUGUCUGCCUUCAACGACGUCAUCACACCUGGCAAGUUUGACAACAUAUAUUAUCAGAAUUUGAAGAGGGGGUUGGGGCUGUUGUCUUCAGACCAUGCACUUGUCAAGGACCCAAGAACAAUGCCUUUGGUGGAGUUGUACUCUAAGAACCAGGAAGCGUUUUUCAAGGCUUUCGGUCACGCAAUGGAGAAGCUUGGCCAUCAUGAGAUCAAGACCGGACAACAGGGUGAGGUGAGGCGCAGGUGUGAUGCGUUUAACACGAUUCAGGCUUAGAUUAUUUGAUGAAGAAGAUGAAGAUGAUGAGAUGAGAUGAUUGUUGUUUGUUAAGGGUUUUCAUUUGGCCUUGGUAUUUAUAAAUUCGUCACUUCAGAACAAGGGAGAGUUUUUAAAUCUUUUUUCUUAAUUCUCUUUCAUAUAUGUGUCGUGAUGA